UCAGCUUCGUUGGCAAAACAGUCGGCGCAGGCGCGGCACUGACAGCUGCUGUCUACUUACUCCGCAAAGUCUGCUUAAUAAUGGCCUGGAAAUCUGGAGGAGCAAGCCACGCAGAGCUCGUCAACAACCUCCGCAAAAAUGGCAUUAUUAAAUCCGACAAGGUCUAUGAAGUCAUGCUGGCCACAGACCGAGCCCAUUUCUCUAGGUGUAAUCCUUACAUGGACUCGCCGCAGUCAAUAGGCUAUCAAGCAACCAUCAGCGCCCCACACAUGCACGCCUACGCACUGGAGCUUCUACAUGAUCAGCUGUAUGAGGGGGCCAAAGCUCUGGAUGUUGGCUCCGGCAGUGGAAUCCUGUCCGUCUGCUUUGCACGAAUGGUAGGUCCUAAAGGAAAAGUUAUAGGAAUUGAUCACAUCAAAGAGCUGGUAGAUGAUUCUAUAAACAAUGUGAAGAAAGAUGACCCCAGUUUGAUAACAUCGGGCCGAGUCAAGCUAAUAGUGGGAGACGGGCGAAUGGGUCACGAGGAGGAGGCGCCUUAUGAUGCCAUCCAUGUUGGCGCGGCAGCACCCACUGUCCCCCAAGCUCUCCUGGACCAGUUGAAGCCCGGCGGCCGGCUGAUUCUCCCCGUCGGCCCGGCGGGAGGAAACCAGAUGUUGGAGCAGUACGACAAGAUGGAGGACGGCAGCACCAAAAUGAAGCCCUUGAUGGGGGUGAUUUAUGUGCCUUUAACAGACAGAGACAAGCAGUGGUCCAGGUGGAAGUGACUUCCUUCUCCCCCCUUCUUCCCCUCUCUCCUUCUCACAGUGGCAAAGGGAUGAACUUUGAAGAGGAAGACCGUCCAUAAUCCACCUUUAAGUUUGAACCUGGAGAAAACUCGGAUGGGGUCAAACAGCUCUUGACAUUUUUGUUCAAAGCAUAACAAAACAUGCUCUUUUUUGUUUUAAGUUUAACGAUGGACUAGAGUAUCACACUGAUGACAGCCCAGAAAAGGCUGGGAAGAAAGACUGCUUGAAGCUCAGCACAGAAAUAUCUGGAGAGGGUGUUUUGUUUUUCUUUUCAGGCCUGCAUCUUUUUGGUUAUGUUUUCUUUUUAACUGCUGGAUUUUAGGUUUGAUUUUUUUUCGUGGUUUCAUCAUUUGAAUUACAGUCAGCCAUUUUUACAUUAUUACAUUUCAGCAGCAUCAACGCUGAAUGUAGGAAGAACGCCGGACAGCGACGAGGAAAGCCUAUUAGAUUAUUCACCUAGCUACAGUGUGUGUGUGUGGGUCAUCUUAACUGUAGACUUCACUGCUAACAUAUGAGCUUUCUUCCCUUGCCCGCAGUAUUAGGAACACACACACACACACAGGCAACACAAUGGCUGAUAUAACCCACACAUCCUGUUUGGUGUGCAGCACUCUUUAGGUCAUUCUACACAUAGAAUAAGCAGCGCAUUGGAUCAUACUGAACAUAACUCCGAAGAGAGCGGAGCACGAAUAACACUGACACACGUGCACAUGCAGGGCUGUGCUUUCCACUUGGUGAUGUGUUGCUUUCUGCCGCUGGUUUUUCCAUUAACAAUUUGUGCAGGCUCUUCUGGUGACUGAUGCUAAAUGAGAUAGUCACUGCUUUGCCAAAAUAAACUCCAACAAUUUAAAGCAAAUGAAUGUCUGUUUUCUUGAGAAACAAAAAAACACAUCAAAUUAAAAAAAAAAGCAUAUUUUAUUUUGGGUGAUCUAAGUGAUGGAUGAUGAUCUGGCUUUCACAGUUUACGGAAUGGCAUAUGAAAAUAAAGAGAUGCUUAUGUUUU